AUGGAGAUAAAUGAGAAGGAAAAAGAAAUAAUUAACAAUGACAACAAUAAAGAUGUAAUUAAAAGAAAAACAACCAUUAAAGCUUCGGAUUUAAGUGAAGAUGAAAGAAUGAUUUUAAAAACAUUACGUUCUUAUUACAAAAUUUUACAGGAAACUAAAGAUGUCUCUUAUUUUUUAGAGGAUGAUACCUUUAAUAAUAUUUUGGUAACAUUAAUGGAUGACAGAAGGCAUUCAAUUAUUACAUAUUUAACUAAAAUAUUACUUAUUUUAACUGAGAAAGUUGAUAAUGCCAGAAAAAUUGCAUCAAUAUCAGGAUUACAAUCUAAAUUAGCUUCUGCAACAGAACAUGAUUUUCCUCCUAAGGUACUCAAAUAUUUACUUGUUGUUCAAUCACGUUUAGAAUCAAGUAAAUUACAACGUAAUACAACUUGUAGAAAUCUAAGUAGAAAGAUGUUUUACUUGAAGGAUGCUAAACAAUUAGUUUAUCAAUUUGAUGAACUUAGUGAAAAACAACGAGAUGAUGUUGAGAAGGCACUUUUAAGUUUAAAAGGUGUAUUAUCUGUUUCAGUUGAUACUGAGGAUUUGAAAUGUAUUGUUAGAGUAAAGGAAAUAGUGGAAUCAAGAGAUGUUGCUUAUAGAAUUCUUACAGCAGGAUUUGAUAUGAUUAAGCAAAUUAUUAGUACUUCUGAUGGAGAAAUGGAAAUUUUUGAAUUUUACAGAGACCAGCUUCAUGAUGAUAACUUAAUGGAUAACUUACCCCAAUAUUUGGAUGAACAUGUUGAUAUAUUUAACCCUGAAAACUGUAUUAUCACAAACGAUGACCUUAGAAAAGCUGAAUCAUCAUCGAAAGGAUGGUUUUCUACUAUAACUUCAUAUUUAUGUUAG